CAAAAAUAAAUUAAACAAACCAUAAACAAAAUCAUAAGAGUAUAGAAACCAUAAAAUGCACGUCUAUGUGCUUUAUCGGGAUGAAAGCUAUGCUGUUAGCUAGGUUCGGAUUUUCAGUGAAAGCCUCAAAUGAGGAAUACACGCCCAGAUUCAUGUACUGAAGUGUAUCCUGGGAAAAAAAAGUGUAUUCUGGGUUCAAGUUGUGUGGCUGCUGUCUGUGUGUUUUUAACAGAUCUGUAAAUAUGUCAGCUGCCGCAAACACGUUUGAACACGUGAAAGCUGUUAUUUUAUCAGUUCAUAAGAACACUUCAUCAAAGGACAAGAUCGAUUUCUACAACACCUGGGCAGAGAACUAUGAUCAGGAUGUGGCUGUUUUGGACUAUCGUGCACCAAGUCUGGCAGCAAAAAGCAUCUCCUCUCAUUUCAGUGGUGAUCGUGAAAGAGCUGUCGUGUUGGAUGUGGCCUGUGGCACAGGAAUGGUGGCCAAACAGUUAAAGGGUCUUGGAUUUGGGACCUUUGUGGGUAUCGACGGAAGUGAGAGUAUGCUGGAGUUGGCCCGAAGGAGUGGACUGUACCAGGACCUCAAGCAGUGCAUGCUGGGAGACGAACCUCUACCUGUUCAGUGGGGUACAUUUGAUGUGGUUGUGAUCGUUGGAGCUCUGAGCGUUGGUCAAGUUCCAGUCAAGGUGGUCAGAGAGUUGUGCAAGGCUACCAAGCCAGGGGGCCACGUUUGCAUGACAACAAGAAGUAAUCUGGAUAAUGUGGAAUAUAAAAAGGCUCUGGACCAGGAACUGAAGAAAAUGGAGGAAGAGGGAAUCUGGAGUUGUGUAGAAGUUGUAAAUGUGGACAACUGGGAGAGAGCAGUGUCAGAGCAGGAAGAUGGCUACAUAUCUGGCACUGUUUAUGCCUAUAAGAAGCUGUGACUACAGUGUUGCCCUUAAAGUUGGAAUACAACAGUUUUACCUCUUCUUGUGAAAUGACUGUGGUAAUGUGAUUCAUUUGUAAUAGUGUGACUGGGACUCAGUAUGUAAUCAUUGCACCUGCUCAAAGGUGUUUACUGAUAUGUAUAAAUAGGAAUAAAAAUGAUCCCAACUUUACUGGUAGCAGUAGCGGCACAUGUUUGACCCUAUCUGUCAACGGAGAGUAAAGUAGAAGUAAAAGUCAGAAUCAAGUCAAAUUAUUUGUCAGGCUGUUCUCCAGCUGGAAUCAGACAUAGUUAAAACAU